GAAAAGGGUGAGUCAUUCUCUUCCCCCAACCCUCUCCUCUUGUUCAAUUGCAGAUAGAGAAAUUUCAAGAAGAAAAACAAGGAGAAUUUGAAGGGGUUUGCCGGAAAACUUGAGAACGAAUCAAGAAUGAGUGGUUCCCGGUUCAUAAAGUGUGUGACCGUCGGCGACGGAGCAGUUGGUAAAACUUGUCUACUCAUUUCAUAUACCAGCAAUACUUUCCCAACUGAUUAUGUCCCGACUGUGUUUGACAAUUUUAGUGCAAAUGUAGUUGUGGAUGGAAGCACUAUUAAUUUGGGUUUGUGGGAUACUGCAGGUCAGGAGGAUUACAACAGAUUAAGACCCUUGAGCUAUCGUGGGGCGGAUGUUUUUAUACUAGCAUUUUCCCUCAUCAGCAAGGCCAGCCAUGAAAAUGUCUCCAAAAAGUGGCUUCCUGAAUUGAGGCAUUAUGCCCCAGGAGUUCCAAUCAUUCUUGUUGGAACAAAGCUAGAUCUUCGAGAGGACAAACAAUUCUUUUUAGACCAUCCUGGUGCAGUACCUAUUAGCACGGCUCAGGGUGAAGAGCUCAAAAAGUCUAUUGGUGCUGCAGCUUAUAUUGAAUGUAGUGCAAAAACACAGCAGAAUGUGAAGGCUGUUUUUGAUGCGGCUAUUAGGGUGGUUCUACAACCACCCAAGCAGAAGAAGAAAAAGAAGAGAAAGGGUCAGAAAGCCUGCUCUAUCUUGUGAUUUCGCUAAAAGAGUGGCUAUGCAAAGGAGAUAUAGAGGAUUGUCAGUGUACUUCCUAUUUCAAGUAGUGCAGAAAAUUUGUUUACUGAUUGGCAGUCCUGACCAAGUACACUAGGAAAGUGUCAACCUGGCUCGUGAUCGAGACUUGGUCUGGGUACAAAAGUGCUCUCGUUGUCUCUUCCUGAGUUAGAUCUAUAUGAUCUGUGUAACAUUUGUAAGUUGAUUAUUACUGUUCUGGCAUCUGUUGUAAGCCAUUCAACAUACUAAUUUAGAUUUUGGAUGUGCUAUUGCCAUUGUGUUGAAUCAUUAAGAAGUUGUAAUGUCUGUUUCAUGUAAAU